GCGGUGCGCUGCCAUUCAGAAUGUUUCUGGCCACACUGCACCUUGACGACGCCGACGACGCUGGCUGACGGCGUGACGAAAAUCGUCGUCGUUAUUCAUUCGUGUUCGACCAUCACAUCAGUUAACAGCUUUCGUGUAUUCUUCCAAUAAAAGAUCAGUAAAUCUAGUUGCAUCGCUUUUAUUCUCUUACCUUAUUAGUGACCCCGACGAUUAGGAACGAUAUUCCCAAAGAAAGGGUAAGAAAAACACACUAAUUAAUACACUUUGGGCGCAAUUGGCUGUGUGUCGGAUUUUUAUUGUCGUUUCAUGACUGCCUCUCGACUGCUGCACAUCGCAAUUUUGCCAAGGCGCCCAUCCGCGACAACAAGAUGGCGGAACAGAGUCUGAAAGACGAAAUCACCCGAUUGCAAGGCGAGCUGCAAGCGGCACGCGCGGCUGCUACCAACGUCAACGAGUUUGCAGCAGGCGGUACUGCCGCUGUAAACACAACUGCCGGUGCUGCCAGUGGUGCGAUAAACAAAAUCGGAAUCAAGAUCGGACCUUUUUGGAAACGCGAUCCAACGCUUUGGUUCGCACAACUCGAAGCACAGUUUGCGCUUGCGGGGAUCUCCCGUGAAGAUACGCGAUACUAUCACGUCUUGGCAGCUAUCGAUUCCGAAAUUCUCGCCUGUUGCUCGGAUAUUAUCCGCGAUCCGCCUGCUGCCGGACAGUACACCGCAAUCAAGGACCGGAUCACCAAGGAAUAUAGUACGAGCGAACAAAACAGAAUGCAGCAGCUGCUACGUGGAUGUGAGUUGGGUGACCGCAAACCCUCACAACUUCUUCGAGAAAUGCGAGACCUCGCUAGAGACGUCAUCACCGACGACAAGAUCAUCAAGUCCCUGUGGAUGCAGCAGCUUCCCGAAACUACGCAAGCCGUGCUCAAAGUGUCGGAGGACACACUACAGCUACAUCAGCUUGCUGAACAAGCUGACAAGCUCGCUGACGUAACCAGAAACCGAAUCGCAGCGUCUACAGUUGCUGCACCGGACGACAAAAUGGUUUUCGACAUGGCAGAACUGCGUGCUGAAAUUGCCGAGCUUUCAAGUGAGAUCGCCGCUUUUCGUCAAACGCGGGGUCGAUCUCGCAACCGAAGCUUCAGCAGGCAGCAAGGUACCCGAAGCACCUCCCGAGACCAACACCCGUAUUGCUACUACCACCGACGAUUUGGCACCGCCGCAAAGAAUUGUCGAGAACCCUGCCAGUUUAAACCAAAAAACUGA